GGCGGCGUCGCUGUGCCUGAUCCCUUCGCCAUGGUACGCGCCUUCGACAGCGACUCCAAUCCUGCCAGACCUAUACGACCCUCACCGCUUGCUGCGAGUACCAUCCACGGUCUCCCUCUCGACCUCCUCGACCGCCUGCGCUCCUUCCCACUCUUUCAAGCUGCCCCUGACUCCUUUCUCGCUGCCAUUGGUAUGCAUCUCAAGCCAGCACUCUAUCAGACACACGACACUGUCCUCACCGAGGGCGAGACGGGGAAAGCUAUGUACUGGCUGGUCCGUGGCGCAAUGAGAGUCACAUCACGAGAUCAGGAGAGCACGUUCGCUGAACUAAAGCCUGGAGCUUUCUUUGGCGAGAUUGGUAUCCUCAUGGACAUCCCUCGGACGGCCACCAUCAUAGCAAACAUGCGCUCGCUGGUAGUGCGGCUAAACAAGGAGGAUCUCAUGAAGGAGCUGCCCAAAUUCCCGGAGGUCCAACGAGCUAUUAUGGACGAGGCCAAGGAACGCCUUGCUAUUCUCGAGCGCAAAAAGAAGGAACUGGGAGGCAACAAACGACCGACGGCCCCUGUGCGGCAGAUUACAGGGAAGCGUGACCGCGAAGACGGCGAUGUAGUCAUGGCAGGGAGUGGCACAUUGCGUGAUGGGGAGGUUGUAGUUGCCUACAAGAAGAGGAAGUCACCGAGUCCAGGCCUGACUGAAGCCGCAGCCAACAGCGCCUUUGGUAGCAUAGACGUACAUGUGCGGUCACUACUGAAAGAGUUGCCACUGUUCUCUGAGCUGCCAGACGAAAUCCUCCACUUCCUGGGCAUGCGUGCUCAGCCGUGCUCGUUCCCUCCGUUCUACGACAUCAUCAAGCAAGGAACAUCAGGGCGCGAUGUCUACUUCAUCGUCAAAGGAGAAGUAGAGGUGGUCAAUGUGCAGCCAGCGCAGCACAACGGUCACGCAGCAUACGGUCAAGGCAGGCGGAAGUCGAUAGCGGCUGGCGAGCACAACUUCCAUGAAGUGAAGGCUCGAUUGAAAGGCGGGCAGUACUUCGGCGAAGUCGUCAGUCUCUCGCUAGCACCACACCGUACUGCUACUGUACGAUCAGUAGCAUCCGUCGAGUGCCUCAUGAUCAGCGGAGAUACCCUUAGCCAGUUAUGGGACAAGUGCACACCAGAUGUGCGCCGACAGGUGGAAUCAGUCGCCAAAGAACGACUCGAAGCUGCAAACUACAACGACGUGCACAUGUCAGAUUCAGAGAGCACACCAAAGAUCGACGAGCUGGUUAUUGCGGACACAAAACGUCCACGAACGCCGAGAAGAAAGGAGAGUGUCCCAACAGUGACCUUCAGCGAUCUUCCCGAUGUCGAUACGCCAGUCACGCCGCCACGAAGAGAUGAGAAAAUGAUGGAGCCUUACGAUCCGGAUCCGUUUCUCAAUCUUGACCUAGACAAUGUCCGGUCUCGAUCGAGACGGGGUUCACUUGCCCCUCCACCACCAGACUCACCUUCUAGUCCCACUAAAACCAGCUUCUCAAAAGAUCCAUCGCCCGUUGGUUCGCCUCUUGGUACACCGCCUCUUGGUAGACCUCUUUCACCAUCGCCCAUACCGAAGCAUGCGUCAACUCCACCAGAGCCUGUUUUCGACUUCAAGCGCCCGCGCAUGAUAAGGAAGCCGAGCAGAUAUAGCAGAGGCAGUCUUCCAGAUUCUGUCCUUGUCAGGAUCUUCCAGAACUUCGAUUUGUACGAGCUGAUGCAACUGCGACAGAUAUCGUCACACUGGCACAAACUCCUCUCAACAUCACCAGACGUCCUUCACGACCUCGAUCUCGCAAAAUACAACCGUAAAGUCACAGAUCGAACGUUGGUAGAUGUCAUCUGCCCCUUCGUUGGCACUCGACCGAAAAACAUCAACAUGAGCAACUGCUUCCACGUAACGGAUGAGGGUUUUGGAGAACUAGCAAGGACAUGCGCUCCUGGUGUAAAGGUCUGGCGGAUGAAGAGUGUCUGGGAUAUCACAGGCCCUGCAGUGCUUGAGAUGGUGCAGAAAGCCAAGGGAUUGGAAGAAGUUGACCUCAGCAACUGCAGAAAGGUCGGCGACAACCUUCUUGCACGCGUGAUUGGCUGGGUUGUACCAGAUCAUCCUCCUCAAAUGGCGAUGGCACAAGCACAGCAGCAGGCCCAAGCAAACAGUCGCCAGAAGGGCAAGAAUGGAGCCAACGGUCAACCAGCACCAGCUCCCUUGGCUCCUGGCACCGUGGUUGGCUGUCCAAAACUACGACGUCUCACAUUGAGCUAUUGCAAACACAUCACAGACCGGUCGAUGGCACAUAUCGCUGUUCACGCAGCGAACCGCAUCGAGUCGAUCGACCUCACACGAUGCACUACGAUCACAGAUGUUGGAUUUCAGCACUGGAGUGUGUACCCUUUCCCGCGGUUGCAGAAGCUAUGCCUCGCCGACUGUACCUAUCUGACCGACAAUGCAAUUGUCUACCUGACAAACGCAGCCAAGGGGCUGAGGGAAUUGGACCUGUCAUUUUGCUGUGCGCUUUCAGACACCGCGACAGAGGUCCUUGCCCUCGGUCUACCCAACCUCACGCAUCUCAACCUCGCUUUCUGCGGCUCGGCUGUCUCCGAUACAUCGCUCCGCUGCAUAUCGCUGCACCUGCUCGAGCUCCAAAACCUCUCCGUGCGUGGUUGUGUACGAGUAACAGGUACAGGUGUUGAGGCGGUGGUAGAAGGCUGCAGGGACCUGGAAGUCUUCGAUGUUAGUCAGUGCAAGAAUCUGGGAAGGUGGCUUGAGGCAGGAGGUGUACAGAUGGUUAGGCAGAGAGGUCGCAGGGUCAAGUUUGAGACUGUCGCUGAUGGAAGGUGGCGUGUUGGGCAGCAGCCACUCUAAGUGAUGACCGGGAGAGAGUGGUCGGCAUGUUGCUUGAACAUGUGUGAUAGAUAGGGGCCUCUUGUUUGUUUCUCGGUUUGUAAAGGCCUUGCUUUUGGAAGGCGUCAUCGUAUCGCAUAGCGAAGGUUGCGACCUCAUUGUAACGAUAUGUUCUCACGGCCAACGGUGGAUUUCUGGAUACGAUCGUUACUAUGAUACCAGGUAUGUCUGCGCUGCAGAUGCCAAUUGCGGUACUUCAUCGCUGUUGUAGAUCACACUUUCUAGAUCAAUCUCGA